AACGCCAGCAAUCAAAACUAAACGCAAGAGGCUGUUGUACUGAACGUAGUGUACCAGGACUUUCCUUUGUUUUGUCGGGGCAUAGAACCAGUUGAAGAUGAAGCCUAAGUUCGGAAACGAUUUGACAAAUGUCAUUCUCCGGCAGUCCCAGGUGGUGCAGACCCGGAUGGCUGGGCGGGCAGUCAUCAAGGUGGUGAACAGAUGCAAUGAUGCAAAAGAAAACAACAGUCUCAACCUGAGCGAGUGCCAGCUGUGUCAGGUGCCGGAUGCCGUCUUCCACCUGAUGAGGAACACACCUCUCACCACCUGCAACCUCUCCGCCAACCUCCUCUCCAAGAUCCCUCCCAAGUUCGCCCUCAAGUUCUGCCUCAUCACUGAACUGAACGUCUCCCACAAUAAGAUGUCUAAGCUGCCUGAGGAGCUGGUUGACUGUGUUGAGCUACAGCGUCUGGAUCUUAGUCACAAUUCCUACGUCAACCUCCCCAAUGUCAUCUUCCGUCUGCCAAAAAUCAAGAUUAUCCAUGCUAACAACAAUUACAUAAUGGAUGUUGAGGUAGAGGAAGUACAGCGAGCCAAAACCUUGGAGGACUUUGACAUUCGUGAGAACCCUCUGACAGCGAAGAGUCAUGAUGGCUUGAGCAAAGUGACCAACCUGAGGGUUACACUCACACCAAGAGAAAUUGAGGAAUGGGAAGAUCUCACUAUCUGAAUCAACUCUGUAGUGAUAAUGAUUUUACUAUAAGCAGAACUCGUAAAGUCUGAGACUGUCAACUCUGUUGAUUUUAGAUUAUAGCACUUUGGAUUUGAGAAUGUCGCCUGUGAAAUGUGAAGCAUUUUGUAAUAAUGAAUAUUACAAGGUUUUGGAUCACUGCAACACUGCUGAAAAACUAGCUCAUAAAAUGAUCAUGAUUAAGCAUGGUUUACACGAUUCCGCAAGUACUGGAUAUAGAAAAAUAAAUUCAGUAGUGUUAUAUACAGUAUCAAAUUAUAUGUAAAAAAUAAAUAAAGUGUAAUUCAACCAGAUAUUAAUGAUAAUGGUUAUCACAAUCACUUAGGAUUUCAAUACACUUAGUAAGGACAUUGUAAUGUACCUAAAUAAUAUGAAAUAUUUAGGUUUACUGGUUAAGUUAUUCUUAAAACAAAAAGAGGUAAAACACCUGAUGCAAUUUUACUUACAUAAGAUUAAAUUUUACAAAAUUACAGUAACUGUAUAUAUUACUUUUGCUAAUAUUACAAAAUUACAGUAAUUGACUGUAUACAUUACUUUUCUUUUGCCAAUAGAACUGAGUUGUGAUGCACCUUGCAAUAAGACUUGAGAUGAGACAGGAAUUAUAAAACAAUGCCAGAUAGUUAUUGUAUUAAUUAUUUGUUGUAUUAGCACUAGCUGCAGCUGAAGAAUAGUCAGCUCCAGACUGCCAAAAUAAUAUGAAAAUAGAGGAUGCCAAUGCCAUAUUGAAAAUUAUUUAAAAUGCCAAGUAUCUAAACUUAUGGCACAACAUAAUUCACAUUUCUCAGCUAGGACUCUCCUUAGAUACUUAAUGACUCAGGUCUUUCCAUGUCUUCAUUCUUGAUUCCAUUGUGUUUAUCUAAGACAGGAAUUAGAAUAGUCAACUGGGGUGAUGGGCAAAGCAACUAUUUGUUUUGUAUGUCCUUUUAGAGUACCAAGCCAUAGAUACAAACAAUUGUUUAAUGUUUCUAGGACUGAAUGAUAUUUUUUAGCUAUUUUAGAUUAAUCAAAAGAAUGAUUGAAUAUGAUUGGCAUUCAUUAGUACAGCAUUUUUAAAAUUUACAAAUAUUUUAUAUUGAACAUUAAAGCUAAAAGGCAUUUGACUUCAUUGAAAUAUUUACCUAAAUAAAAGCCACUGCAGCAUAAAACAACCUGCAUUUGAUCAAUGGCUUGAAUUUAUCUUUGAUAUUUUUAUAAAUAAUAUACAAGUGUGUGAAUGAAUGAUCUUUUGCCAGUGUAAUAUUGAACAUAUGGCAGGCAAUGUCUUUCACAUUAACUCUAGAGCUAAUGCAGUAUCUAGUCAGAGUUUUAGGUUGUAUAUAUUGUAUUAUAUAUAUAGUGUAUAUAGAAAUGAUACUCAAAUGGUGAUGGGCUAGUAAAACUAUGCAUUAUGAAAUUAUAGACUAAAUAUAUAGAUACACACACAUACAUAUACAUACAUACAUACACAUCUUUUUUUUUAGGCAGAGCGUUCAGUCUUCAACUAUUCUUUGUAUUAAAGUUAGUAGAAUUACUGACAGUAUGUUAGGUAAAAGGAUACAAGUGGAACUAAUGUGACAUUUUGUGGCAAUGUUUCGCUCUCCUGGAGCUUUAUCGAGCCAUUACAGCUUGAUAAAGUUCCCCACAAUUAAAUGUCUUAUUAGCUG